CGAUCGAAAUUCGUGCGCGAUCUUCCGCGGCGGAAAACGCGGUCGCGGGUUGCCGCCGUGGAUCGCUCGAUCCCGGAUGACUCGGGGCGACCGACGAUCGCGGGGACCGAUUUUUCGACGGGCCCGACCGAAUCCGGUUCGCUCCGUUCUCUCGUUACCACGAACCGGCGAUCGUCUUUUCUCCGAGGGCGUCGUUUUCGUUCGCGUUCUCGCGGACCGGCAUCGCGUCGCCUCGUCUCGUCUCGUCCCGUCUCGUCCCGUCAUCCCGUCGUCUCGUCCGAUUGGGUUCUCGCAGAAGGCACAGGUACGUUCACGCGAACGCAAAUCGCGCAGCGAAGGAAGAAACUGCGAAAGAGACGGAACGAGUGCGCGGAGAGGCAAAGGAGAGCAAGGAAGAGCGGGCAAGCGAGGAAACGAGAACGAGCGGCGGAGACGAGAGGGAAAGAGGACUACUACUCCUGGGGCCCCCCACCAUGCGGCCUGCCGCCGCGACGCCAGUCCGUAGUCAGUCAGCGCUGGACCGCCGCCCGCUCGAUUUCGCGAUCCACGAACGACGGUAGCCACCACUUCCACCUCCGCCUCCUCCACCACCUUCGCUUCUUUUCUCUCUAUCUUGUUCGAGUUUCUUGCCUUCUACCCCUGCAUUUUAUCUCUCUCCCCCUUUCUCUCUCUCUCUCUCUCUCAUUCUCUCUCUCUCUUUCUCUCUCUCUCUCUCUCCCUCUUCAAGUAACUUCGCUCGCUCUCUCCUUCUCGCGCACACAAUCUAUCUCCUUUUCUCUCGCGUUCCUCCUAUCUAUCCGUCUAUCGGGCUGUGCUCGCUUCUCUAUCUCUCUCGAUUUUUUUUCUUCGACUAUACCGGCCUCUGUUCAUUUGUGACUGUGGUUCACCCUUGCGCAUUCAAUCGGCAUCCCCGAUACGUACCCGGAGACACGCGCGUAAACGCGAUUCCUCGCUGGUUUCAUCUUGCUCUUUCCCUCACACGCAUAGACACGGAGCCACACACACACGAACACACCACACUCGCACACGUACACCACGAGGCACACAGUAGUACCUCUUUCUCUUUCUCUCGCUCCUCACGGUUUUCCCUCCCUGUCGCGCGCGAUACGUCUCUCCUCGUCUUUCUCCCCCCGUUUGUUGGUUUCUUUCAUUUUCUUUUCCGCAACGAGCUUUCGGUAGCCCCGUACACGUACGGCGGAGUGUCGUGCGCGCGUCUCGAGUGGAUGCAAGGCGUCGUCGCGAGGCACGCGUUCCUGCAGCCGAAAACUCGUCUUCUCGCGCGAUCAACGAGAUCCACGGUCGUAGGUCGCGGGGUUCGAAUACUACGAAUUCGGCGACUCGUUCCUCCGUAGACGCGGAUCCCGGUACUCGCGAAAUCCACGGAAAGAGAGAGAAAGGGAGAGGAAUAGAGCGAGAGAGAGAGAGAGAGAGAAAGCAUCGAGGUGAUCGCGUUGCGCCCGCGAUCCAGUCUCGUCGAUCCCCGCAGCAUACCUGGCCAAGUGAUCAUCGGAAAUCAGUGUCGACGCUCCGAUUCGUAUAUAUCGUGCCGGUCUUCGGGUCUCGGGUUGUGCGGACGGAGGAACGAACUUGCAUAUUUGGAACGUGCCGGAAUUUUUCCCUCGCGACGCGCCUCGCCACGAGUUCUCCACGAAAUGCCGCGUUUCACUUCGUCCCGUUGAUCUUCUGUCUUGGAUCGUUCGUAGGUGCGGCAUAUAUCCGAUCCGAGCGACGAUCGUUAAAGAGUGAACAGCGCGCGGCUCGACGACGAGUCGCAGUCCGCGGCGAUCGAGAAAACCUGCGACCGAGCGACCAGCGACAGCGCCGAUGUGAUCGUUCCGAGUGAAUUUGGUUGUCCCCGUAAUCGUCGGCGUAAACCGCGCAUGGAUCACGACGACGAACCGAAGGAUAUCACCGACAGCACGCCGACCAGAUUCUCGGCGAAGCCGAUCCCGGAGAUCGCGAGACGUUCUUCGACGAUCGCGCGAGACAACAGCCUGUUGUAACCGGGUGUUCGCCUCUAGCGAUCGCAGCUGCAUCGAAUUCGGCCGGCACUCGGCACCCAUGUAGGUGCGGCUGCUUCCGAGCAGAGAGACGAUAACGAUGUCGCCACCGAUCCUGGGAAGACCGACGACAAACGGAUCCGGCGAACUCGCGAUGAGGUAGUCGGUGCUCGUUUGGACACGUGCAAGUGGGUGACUUUGUUGUGUGCGCGGUGCUGGGAAACUCGGAGCCGUUUCCCCCCGCCGCGGAAGAUCUAUCCGGGAUCUUCCUGCAGCGUUCUCAAGGACCACCGUCACAUGUUUGGGAACCGAACCGAGACGGCGUCUAAGGAGCAGAGACCUGGAGCCCGCACAGAUAAUCGAACACCUCCGCAGGACGCAGAUGCCCCGAAGGAAACAGCACGCUCCGCAACGUAUGAAAUGUAAGUAGUGGUCUCCGAUCGUUUGAAAAGCGAGCGGUUCUCAGCCGCCGCACCGGACGGGAGACAUGCGCAGCAAGCAGCAGCCAAGGCCUUCCUUUCGGUGGCCGCAACAACGCGGCGAUAAUCUUACCGGGGAGGACGGAGUCGAAGGCUCUGGGCCAGGGCUGGCCGCCGACCUCCAGGGCGAGGAGGGCGAUUGCGCGGAGGAUGACGGGCCGAUCAGCCCCAGCGAGAGGGUUUGCGCGGCAGCAGCCAAAGAGACCGAGGACGGCGACGCGACCGACGACGAAGACGACGAGGAUGUUACGCCACCCACUCCACCGCCAUCCGCUACAGCACGAUUGAAUCCUACGAUUUUGAGGGACACCGGACCCCCGGACAGAGAACCGAUGAGUCCGCGCUGCCCUUCUCGAGAUUCACGGGAAUCGUCCGGUCCGGCGACUGGUAGCCCACCGCCGCCAGCAACGAGGAGCAGCGCGAGUCCGGUCAGCCCGAGCGGCAUCGUACCCCUUCCGCUCGGCGGUCACCCCCUGCUGCCGCCGCAUUCCGCGGCCAUGAUGGCGGCGUACUUGCAACAAACUCACCAGAGGCUGCUGCUCGGCCACUCGCCCCUGUCCCGGGGCUCGGUGUCGCCGCUGGUCUCGUCCUCGUGUUCGCCGCCGGCCGCCACCCCGGGCCUCCUGGUCUCGCCGAGCAGCGUCGGCGAGGUCUCGCCUUCCGCCACGCCGUUGCCCGCUGUCCUCGACUUCAGCACGAGGAAGGCCUCGUCGACGGAGGACGACGAGGAGGAGCAGAUCCUGAACCUGAGCAAGCCGCCGACCCCCUCCUCCUCGACGGAGACGAACAACGGGCCCCUGGAUCUCUCGGUGCCGAGCAGGAAACGACCGGGCCCGGAAGACUCGCCGCCACCGCCCGUACGCAAGUCGUCCCGACUGGCCUCCGGGUCCGCCGCGGCAGCCGCGGCGGCUGCGGUCGCGGCCGCCACCGCCGCACACCAAGACCCCGCGCAGGCCGUGGCGGCUGCGGCGGCCGCCGGUUUCGGCAGGCCUCCGGUCGUGUCGCCGUGGACGUCGCCCGUGGUCGCCUCGCAUUUCCCGUAUUUCGCGGCGGCGGUCGCGGCGGCCGCCACUAGUCAGCAGCAACUCUCGCCGAAGAGCACCGCCGGCGUGGUGGUCGACCACCAUCAGAUUUGGAACGGCAAGAUCAAGGCGCCGUCAGCGUUGGAGAACAAGUACCAGCCCAGCGAGGCGACCAAGGCGCUCGAGAAGAUGAGCGAGCUGAGCAAGCUGGGCGGCGAGGACCUCUUCAGAUCGGCGUCCGGCACCGGGACGGGCGGAGGUUCCGGGGCCGGCGGGGCCGGCGGCGGCGGCAGCGGGGCCGGCGGGGCCGGGAGCGCGUCCGGCUCGACGUCCGGCAGCCGGCACAGCGCGUGGCAGUCCCAUUGGCUGAACAAGGGCGCCGAUCAGGCGAAGGACGUGCUCAAGUGCGUCUGGUGCAAGCAAAGUUUCCCCACGCUGGCCGCGAUGACCACGCACAUGAAGGAGGCGAAACACUGCGGCGUCAACAUGCCCGUGCCGCCGUCCGGGUCCGCUCUUCACCCGCAGCAGAGCAACCUGCCGAGCAUCCCGACACCCCAGCCGCCCCAUCAGCCUCAGACGACGUCGGCGAGCAACGCGGGCGCCGGCCCCGGGGCCGGUGGCUCCGCGACGCCGAGCAGCAAGCAGAGCCCGUCGGAGUUGAAUCUGUUGAUCAAGGAGACGAUGCCGUUGCCGAGGAAGUUGGUCCGCGGGCAGGACGUCUGGCUGGGCAAAGGGGCCGAGCAGACCAGGCAGAUUCUCAAGUGCAUGUGGUGCGGCCAGAGCUUCCGCUCCCUCGCCGAGAUGACCUCGCACAUGCAGCAGACGCAGCACUACACCAACAUCAUCUCGCAGGAGCAGAUCAUCUCGUGGAAGUCCUCGGACGAGAACAAGGGCGGCGGCGGAGGAAGCGGCGGCGGUGGCAGCGGCGGCGGCAGCGGAAGCGGGGCCGUGGCAGGCGGCGGAGGCGGCGGGACCGCGGUCCCCGGCGGGAACGCCGGCGCCACCGGGCCUCACGCGGGCUCCACCGGAGCUCCUGGGUCCGGCGCGGCCAGCAGCCACGUGAGCGCGGUGUUGACUUGCAAGGUCUGCGACCAAGCGUUCAGCUCGCUGAAGGAGCUCAGCAACCACAUGGUGAAGAACUCGCACUACAAGGAACACAUCAUGCGCUCGAUCACCGAGAGCGGCGGACGCCGCCGGCAGACCCGAGAGAAACGCAAGAAGUCGCUGCCGGUGCGGAAGCUGUUGGAGCUGGAGCGGGCGCAGAACGAGUUCAAGAACGGCGACGCGGCCGCGGGCCUCGGCCACGGCCUCGGGAAGCACGCGGGCCGCAUCACCUGCGAGAAGUGCGGCGACAAGAUCGAGACGACCAUCUUCGUGGAUCACAUUCGGCAGUGCAUCGGCGCGGGAACGGUCAGCGCGAAUCAACGGAACUUUCUGAAGAAUGCACUGAUGUCGAACCACUUGUCGGCGACGCUGCCGCCGACCGAGAGCGGCCGGAAGAGCGUGAACGAGGACGGCUCGCCGUUGUCCUCGUCGAGGCAUCAUCGGUCCCCGUCGUCGGCCAGCGACGCGACCACGCCCGGCAAGGACACGCCGACGCCCGCCGCCGGCAACGAGACCACCGGCAGUUCUUCCUCACCGUCCGUCUUGAACGCCAUCGAGAAGCUGAUCGAGAAGAGCUUCGACUCCCGAGCGAGGCACGGCGCGCCGGGCCUGCAUCACGCCCAGCCCGGGGCCCCGAUGGGCACCAGCAUCCUGAAGCGGCUGGGCAUCGACGAGAGCGUCGACUACACGAAACCCUUGGUCGAUCCGCAAACGAUGAAUCUCCUGCGAUCGUAUCAGCAGCAGCAGCAGCAACAGCAGCAGCAACAGCAGCAACAGCAACACUACUCGUCGAGCAUGGCGGCGCGAAGGGAACGCAGCGGAAGCGAGUCCAGUUCCGUGUCGGAACGCGGAAGCGGCGGCCGAACCGACGCGAUGACGCCCGAGAGGCGGCUCGAUCUCUCCGCGGUCGGCCACUCGGAAAGGCAUUCCUCCCAUCACCAUCGCGUCACGCCCGACAAGCAGCUGGUUCCUCAGAGUUUGACCGCGGGACGCCAUCAUCCGGCCGCGGAAGAGUCCGGGGACGAGGAUCCGGCCGCAGCCAGCGCCGUUUCCGCCACCACCGGAGGAUCGGGAGGAGGUAGCGGCUCGACGAGCUCGUCGACGACGACGCCGGCGGGCAGCGCGGCCGCGUCGACCGCCUCGUCGACGGUGGUCGUGAAGAAGGAGCCGAAGGACGAGGACGCGGAGGAGCGGGCCGCCGGCGACGAGGACGCGUCGUCGCAGGCCCAGCCGAGCGGUCGGGAGGUGUACGUGAAGAAGGAGAUCGUGGACGACUGCAGGGACGAGGAGGAGCAAAGCUCGUUCAACCACACGCGGCGCGGCAGCAGCAUACACGAGAGCGCGGAGGACGGCCGCGAGGUGCUGUCGCCGCGGAUAAAUCCGCCGACGCCCAGAUCGACCGGGCAGAUGGAGCAGCUGGUCCGCAGCCCCUGCAGGAACAGCACCAGCAGUCCGACGAGCAGCGACCGAUCGGUGACGCCGCGCGGCACGCCCGACACCAAGGGCUCGAGCAGCCUGGGCGCCCUCUCCUCGAUGUUCGACAGCCUGUCGGGCGGCGGAAGCGGCGGCGGCGGAGCUGGCGGCGGCCCCGGAGGUAACGCCGGCGGCGCGGUCGACUCGCACGGCCGCAAAGCCAGCAGCCAUCCGUUGGCGGCGCUGCAGAAGCUCUGCGACAAGACGGAGACCAGAGGCGGCGGCGGUGGCGGCAGCAGCGGCAGCGGCGGAGGCGGUGGCGGCGGGAGCGGCGGAAGCGGAGGCAGCGGCAGGUCCGCCGGCGGGCCCGGCUCGACGUCGGGCCUGGGGUCGGCCGCGGGCGGCGGAGUCGGCGCCACGGGGCCCGGGUCCGGAACCACGCCGGGCGCCAUCUUGGCCUUCAGCUGGGCCUGCAACGACGCCGUGGUCACCGCCGACUCGAUUAUGAAGUGCGCCUUCUGCGACACGCCGUUCAUCUCGAAGGGCGCGUACAGGCAUCAUCUCUCCAAGAUGCACUUCGUGAAGGACGGCGUGAUCCCGGACCCGUUGACGAUCGGCCGGUCCGCCGCGGCGGCCGCGGCUGCGGCAGCCGCCGCUGCGGCGGCCGCGGCCUCUCAGAACACCGCCGCGGGGCCGCCGACCGGUCACAGUUCUUCCUCGCCGCCGACGUCUCAGCGCAACAAGUCGCCGCCGCUUUCGCAGGCGAACGGUAGCCCGUCUCAGUCAGCGGCCUCUCCCCUCGAGGAGAGCCCGCACUCGAAAUUUCUCAAGUAUACGGAGCUGGCCAAGCAGUUGUCCAGCAAAUACGUAUAGUCCGAGCCCCGUAAGUAGCGGUGCCACUUGUACAUAAGUGUAUCUAUACUGUAACGACUGUAAAACUUAGCGACCACCGGAGUGGUUCGAGACAUUUCGACCUUCGAACACCUCGGCCUCGACGAUCCUAUUCCUCGCGUUCGCGAUCUCACUGUCCGAACGAACACCGUCGCCGCGACUACUCUCGCCGAUUCCUGUCCCGCUUUCGUCGUCGCAGUCGCAAGCCGCAAGUCGCAGCCGCAAUUCUCCACGGUUCGCAAGUCGCCCCCCACCCACCCACCCCGAUCGCCGGUCGCGUUUUCGAUCGGUCGCGUUCGGUCGCAUUUCGUUCACGCGGGUCCCGUCGCCGUGCGGACAGUCGAGGUGCGCCAACAACGGGGAACGAUCCGUUCAACGAGGGGACGAACGUCGAACGUCGAACGUGCGUUAAUUAAAUUGUGAUGCCACCAUAUCUCGCGGCACUGCUGAGUCAAGGGGCUCGGCGCGCGGCCAAGUUUGUGAUUUUAUAAAUACUUAAGGGCGUUUACGACGUGCAACGAGAACCGAUCCGAUUAGGUGACGAAGGGGUGAGUCUGCCACGGGCCGACGACGAACGUGAACAAUGGGUGCAUCGGGGUGGGGGACGAACGAACGGGAACAGAGAGGGGCUAUAACAACAUCGAGAGCAACGGCAAAGAGAGAGAAAGAGAGAGAGAGAGAGAGAGAGAGAGAAUGUUAGCGCGAAAGGAAGAGAGAACGAGGCAGAGCGAAUGAGCGAAUGUACGAGCGAGCGAGGGAACAGAAGGAACCGAAGGACGCGAAAGGUCGGGGAAUUGGCGCGGAUAGGUGUGGGUGCGAGUAUUUUCCAGGACGAACGAGGGGAAAGCUUACCCGAGACGGCUGUCGUAAGGACGGAUCAUCAUGUAUACCUCUAGAACGUAAGAGCGUAGUUGAUUAGCGCAGCAUAGGAUAGGCUAGGGUCCGCCCUUGUAUAGGAAUCUCUUUGUUGAUACUUAUUGCGAUGAAACCGGUGAGAUCGUUCGAGGUCGAUUCUCCGCGGAAAGAGAAGAAGUCGGUGAGCCGGCGAGCCAGAGAGCCGGAGAGAACCGGCGCGGGAUAACGAGCGGAAAAGAUUCGACGGGGAUACUGUUUGGUCGAGAAGCAACGAGAUACGGUGCAAUAGCGAGGCUCGCGGUUGCUCGGAACGCGCGCGGGUCAGGGCGGGCCGGGGCGAGUCGGGCGCGCGCGACGCGACGUCCUCGAACAAUAUCGUUUUCCUUCACUCGUAGCGCGCGAGUAGACCAUUGUAAAUUUUUCUUUCUUCGAGAUACUAUUUAUUGCGUCGCGCGAGCAGACGCGACAUUUUAAGUGUAAAAUACUCUCAUUAUUAUACGCUCGAAUUAUCGCGAACGGCACCGUGUACAUUGAUUACAAUUACGAUCGAAAUCUAUGCCACGAGUAGAAAACGACGCGGACGAUAAUGCGUGGAGGAGCAACAACAACAACAACAACAACAACAACAAAAGAAAAAAAGAAGAAAUUUUGAAAUCGCGGCGCGUACCGAAAGUCGAUCGCAACCCAGGGAGCGUGUCGGGGCGCGAACAAUCACCGAAGCGAAUAGUCUUGCAUCUGCGUGCGUGUGUACUUGACGACGACGAGCAGAAGCGCGUCGAUCCGUCCCGUUUGUCCGGUCGCCCGUCCGUCCGUCCGUCCGAGUGCUUGCUGCAUGGUUGCGUACGUGCGAGUGCCGAAAGCUGCGUCGACGAGAGCGCGCCGGAUGAUCGCGAAAGGGCGCCAGAAACGGAGCGAGAGAGAGAGAGAGAGAGCGAGAAAGAAUGUGAGAGAGCGAGAGAGAGAGAGCGUGAGAGAGCGGGGCGAGAGCGAGGGAGCAAGAGCGAAUGCAGCGACGGAACGGGGCCGGGAACGGGGCGAGAAGACGCGCGAAAGCGAGUUUGGUUGCGCGCUGAAGAGUGCAGGAGAAAAGCGCAUCCGAGUCGAAUCGAGCGAGAGGAAUACCGAGCCGAGGAACGAUGAUUGCGCGCGUUCGAGGACGAGGGAGCCCGAAUCUGAAACGGAACACACUUGUAUACGUAUUUCUUGUAAACUCUAAUUCUUCCAUCGCGGACUUUAAAAGUAUUUAUCGAUAUAACGAUAAUAUUACUACUAUUAUUGUAAUUCUAUACGACUGCUGAGAGUGGGACGAAAACGAGACACGAGGUCUACGUGGUGGAUGCGAAGAUCGAUACACGCGCACAAAUAAACGCGGAAUGUGCACACACUCGCAGAAACUAGAGAGAGAGAGAGAGAGAAAGAGAGAGAGAGAGUGAGAGAGAGAGAGAGAGAAAAAAACGAUACGCGAAUGGCCAACCGUGCGAAAAAUACGCUCGAAAAGUACCUACCUACUUACAAAUGCGCAACCACAAAGAUAAUGCAUCAUGUAUACGCGACUCUUGAAACCAUUUUACCAGAUUUGUCAUUAUUUAAUUAUUUCGGUUGUAUUUUAAAAUGCAAUUAAAGCUCAAAUAAAUAUAUAUGUUAUAAAGUAUAA